GCAUCUUGCGUCAAAGCGGGCUCGUUGGUAGCUAAGAGUAGUAAGCGCGCGCGCGCCCGGUGGAGUAUUCCCUGAUGGGAUUGACAGUUCCUCGCCUCGAGGGUGCAGCAGUGCAUGCCGGGAUAUAUAGUCAUGUAGUUCCUACCACUCCGAUCUCUUCUCCUACAGAGCCUAGCCGCUAUCACUAAAUCCCGCGAGAUGUCGGGGUCAACUCUCGCGAGAGGUGUGGCCGCGUUCCAGGCUUAGUUUGUAAUGUAAGAGGUAGUCAGUAGAGAAGCUGGGCAGGCUGGUGAGGGACCCUGGUCGCCCCCUUUAGAUCUCACGCUACUUAGACGCUCUCGCGCGAGGUGGUGCGUCCAGACAGCAGGGGGCAGCUUGGGGCAGUUUCAGGUCGGGCGCCCUUGGUCGCCAUUUUGUUUAGCGUGGCUUAGCCCCCGCCAGGCCUAUUCCUCAGGAGCCUGUACAAGACUGUAGUCCCUGGUUCUUCAUGCUGCUGACUGAGUAUUGAUCCCACCCACACACUACGAUGGGGAAACCAACUAAGCAGAGAAGAAAGGGCCAAGUGGCUGCCAGGGCCACGGGCCCGAGUGGGGCAGGGAUGGCAUUGGUGAAGAACAACCCUUUCGAGGUGAAAGUCAACAAGCAGAAGUUUCAUAUCUUGGGGAGGAGAACCAAACAUGACGUGGGGCUGCCGGGCGUGUCGCGCUCCAAGGCUGUGAAGAAGCGUACACAAACUUUGCUGAAAGAAUACAAAGAACGGGAAAAGUCCAAUGUAUUUAAAGAUAAACGUUUUGGUGAAUAUAAUACCAAAAUAAGCCCAGAAGAGAAGAUGAUGAAGAGGUUCUCUUUGGAACGACAGCAAACUCAUGAAAAGAAAAGUAUCUAUAAUCUCAAUGAAGAUGAAGAAUUGACCCAUUAUGGCCAAUCUUUAGCAGAUAUUGAAAAACUUAAUGAUGUUAUUGAUAGCGACAGUGAUACUGAAGAAAGAGGAAUAUUGUCAGCUGAGCUAACUGCUGCUCACUUUGGAGGUGGUGGAGGUCUUCUUCGUAAGAAAGCACUCAUUGGGGAAGAAGAUGAAGAGGAGGAAAAACCUAAAUCUCGCAGGGAGCUCAUUGAAGAGCUGAUUGCCAAAUCCAAACAAGAGAAGAGAGAGAGACAAACUCAGAGAGAGAAUGCCUUGGAACUCACAGAAAAACUUGACACUGACUGGAAGGAAAUCCAAACCCUCCUCUCCCACAAAACCCCCAAAUCAGAGAGGAAGGAUAAAGAAGAGGAGAAACCCAAGCCUGAUGAGUAUGAUAUGAUUGUUCGAGAACUUGGGUUUGAGAUGAAGGCGCAACCCUCUGACAGGAUGAAGACCGAGGAAGAGUUGGCAAAAGAGGAGCAAGAAAGACUCCAAAAAUUAGAGGCUGAUAGACUGCGUCGAAUGCAUGGAAAAGAUGAACAGGAGAAUAAAAAGAAACCCAAGCAUAUGUCAGCUGACGAUUUAGCAGAUGGCUUCAUCCUGGAUAAAGAUGACAGAUGUUUACUUUCUUAUAAAGGUGGAAAACUAAAUGUUGGAAAUGAAGAGGAAGAGGGUGGGAAUGAAGAAGAGGAGGGAGAGAGUGAAGAAGAAAGGGAGGGAGAACCUGGUAGAGAAGAUGAGGAAGAAGCAAUGGUUGAGGAAGAUGAUGCUACAGAUAGUCCCUCUGACCUUGAAUCUGACAUGGGGAGUGAGGAAGAGGUCACUGCAAAUGAAGAAAAGAAGAAGAAACACAAAGGAAAUGAAAAGAAAUUGCAAAGUGAGGAAGAAGAAAAUGCUAAGAUAGAAGCUGCCAGAUCUGAGCUUCCUUACACAUUUACUGUUCCAGAAUCCUAUGAGAAACUUAAAUCUUUACUAUUUGGAAGAAUAAUAGAAGAACAGCUAGUUAUCCUAGAGAGGAUUCAGAAGUGCAAUCAUCCAAGUCUUGCAGUGGGAAACAAAGCAAAGUUAGAAAAACUGUUUGGCUUCCUUCUGGAGUACAUUGGGGAGUUAGCAACUGUAGAACCACCAGAGCUCAGAACUAUUGACAAAUUGGUUCUGCCGUUGUACAGUCUUUGCCAGAUGUUUCCUGAAGCUGCAAGUAACAGCGUUAAGUUUGUCAUCCAAGAUGCUGCACAUGACAUGGAAGAAAUGAUUGAAAUCAAAGGCCGUGCAACAUUUCCAGGGCUAGAUAUGCUCAUUUAUUUGAAAAUUACUGCAAUACUAUUUCCUACCUCUGACUUCUGGCACCCAGUAGUAACACCUGCAUUGGUAUAUAUGAGUCAGUUACUUACUAAGUGCCAAGUCAUGACACUACAAGAUGUUGUUAAAGGAUUGUUUGUGUGCUGUUUGUUCCUGGAAUAUGUAUCACUGUCUCAAAGAUUCAUACCAGAACUUAUCAAUUUCCUCAUUGGAAUGCUUCACAUAGCUGUACCCCAAAAACAACUACAGAGCUAUACUCUAGUGCAUUCUUUCAGACCAGCAGGAAAAAAUUCAGAAUUACUCUUGGUCUGUGAUAAGAAGGAUAUGGAGACAUGGCAAAAACAAAAUCUGCCACUCAGUAUUAUGACUAGAUUAAAGGAAAGCAGCAAAACAGAAAUGAAUCAUUUCAGGUUAUCCUGUCUAGCUGUGUGUUUGGAUCUCAUUAAGAAAUGUGCAGCUCUGUAUGAAUCUUUGUCAUCCUUCCAUGAAAUAAUGCAACCCAUCAGAGCACUUCUUUCAGAACAUUUACCAGUGAGUGAAUACCCUAAACAACUGCAGGAGUUGCAUCAAAAUGCUCUGAAAGAGAUAGAGGACAAAGGAAAACACUAUACCCCCUUGGUGUGUGAGAAAAAGAAGCCUGUGCCAUUGAAAUUAUACACACCCAAAAUAGUGAAAGUCCUGGAGUUUGGGAGGAAACAGGGAGGCAGCAAGGAAGAGCAGGAAAGAAAGAGGCUGAUUCACAAACACAAACGUGAAUUUAAAGGAGCUGUUCGGGAGAUCCGCAAAGAUAACCAGUUCCUGGCUAGAAUGCAGCUUUCAGAAAUUAUGGAAAGGGAUUCUGACAGAAAAAGAAAAGUGAAAAAUCUUUUCAAUAGCCUUGCUACACAGGAAGGUGAAUGGAAGUCAAUGAAGCGGAAGAAGUUUAAAAAUUAGACCUUGACAUUCUACAACAGGAAAAACCCUGGGACAUUAUAUUUUUACUUUCAGGUAAAAUAUAAACUGAUGGGUUUUGAGGAGACAUUAUAUCUAGGUGCAUUCCUUUUGUGGAAAACAAGUGCCUUCAAGAACAGUCUGAAAAAGAAUUCUGAUAAGUUGGUUAGCUGGCUGUAUUUUUUUUCAUGUGAAAAAUAAAGAUAACAUCCUUUUGUA